CACACACACACACACACGUCCUUUUUUUUUUUUGUACGAAUAAACAGAUUACUCUUUUUUAAUCUCUAUAUCUCUGUCUCUCCCCGACUCUGAUCCCUCAAUUCUCGCUUGUUUGUCCCCCUAAUUUCUUCGUCAUUCUUUCAUUCGUUAAUUUCAAAGUAGAAGGAAAAAAAAAACAGAUUUAAUUCCUAUUUAUGUUUAGGUACACAUAUAUAGGUUCAUACAUUGAUUAUAUUUUAUUGUUCGACCAAUGACGAUAGUCGAAUUAGGGUUUGGAAUCACCGACAUCAAUUUUUGAAGAUUUAGGGCUCGUAUUCGUUGAAGGAUGUAGUUGAAUUUUCUUGAUCGACAAUUUCUAGGUUUUUUUUUUGUUUUGUAAUUCUCGAUUGUAGUUUCGAUAUUGAAUCGAUGUUCUUGGAUCCGACACCCUCGGUGGUGGCAUUUUUGGUGAACAAUUGGGGUUAAUUUUCGGCUGGAUUCUUAGCAUUUCUCCUCCCCCUACCCGCGGUCGUUUGGUUGAGUGGAAUCGGGUGAUAAUUCCAGUGCCAAAGAGCUUUUAACUGCUGGGGGUAUUGAUAGAAAUCUUUAUUGGAAGGGAUUAUUAUUGACAAUUGAAUCAGUAUGGAUCAUGUGGUUGGUGGUAAGUUUAAGCUGGGGAGGAAAAUUGGGAGCGGCUCUUUUGGUGAGCUUUAUCUAGGUGUCAAUAUACAGAACGGAGAAGAAGUGGCUAUCAAGCUGGAAUCUGUGAAGACCAAGCACCCUCAACUUCACUAUGAGUCUAAAAUAUACAUGCUUCUACAAGGAGGAACUGGGAUUCCCAACCUGAAAUGGUUUGGAGUUGAGGGCGAGUACAAUGUGAUGGUUAUUGACCUUCUUGGGCCAAGUUUGGAAGACCUCUUUAAUUACUGCAAUAGGAAGUUCUCCCUGAAAACAGUAUUGAUGCUUGCAGAUCAGCUGAUUAAUAGAGUUGAAUACAUGCACUCAAGAGGAUUUCUUCAUCGUGAUAUUAAGCCUGACAACUUUUUGAUGGGCUUAGGGCGCAAAGCAAACCAGGUUUACAUCAUUGACUUUGGCUUAGCCAAGAAAUAUAGGGAUUUGCAGACUCACAAGCACAUACCAUACAGAGAGAACAAGAACCUCACAGGCACGGCUCGAUAUGCUAGUGUUAACACACACCUAGGAGUUGAACAAAGCAGGAGGGAUGAUCUGGAAUCUCUUGGCUAUGUACUUAUGUACUUUCUGAGAGGAAGCCUUCCUUGGCAGGGUCUGAAAGCUGGCACCAAAAAGCAAAAAUAUGACAAGAUUAGUGAGAAGAAGAUGCUAACCCCUAUUGAGGUCCUAUGCAAAUCACAUCCAUCAGAGUUCAUAUCAUACUUCCAUUAUUGCCGAUCAUUACGUUUUGAAGACAAACCAGAUUACUCAUAUUUGAAGAGGCUUUUCCGAGACUUAUUUAUCCGUGAAGGUUACCAAUUUGACUAUGUUUUUGAUUGGACGAUAUUGAAGUAUCCUCAAAUUGGUGCUAGUUCUAGAGGAAGGAAUCCUAGUGGGUCUGCUGGAAUGAAUGCUGGACCAUCUGCAGAGAGACCAGGAAGGACAUCGGUUGGGCAAGAUAUUCGAGAUAGAUUCUCUGGUGCUGUGGAAGCUUUUUCUAGACGAAAUGCUUCUAGUUCUGGUCGGCAUGCUGAGCACUCAAGGCACAGAUCAGACGAUAUACCUUCAUCUAAGGAUGUGCAACCUGAUUCAGAAAGAGGGCGAACUUCACGAAAUGGCAGUUCGUCAAAAAGAGCUGCCGUUUCAAGCAGCAGACCAAGCUCCUCUGGUGAGCCCACUGACAGCCGCUCAAGCAGACUAGUGUCAAGCAGUGGUCGACUGUCAACCACGCAAAGACUUCAACCUGGGAUUGAACCCAAAUCAGCGUCAUUUUCACGUGCUGGAGUCACAAAGGGCACUCGUGAUGAUCCUCUCCGUAGCUUUGAGUUUCUCUCAAUCAGGAAGUGAUAUGGGUUUGUAAAAAGUUAAAAAGUUCCUCCCGCAUCAAAAUAUCAAAUGGACGAUUGAGUCAUUAUGCUCGAUCAAAUCAUAGAAUUAUCGCACUCCUGUAAAUGCGAAAUAUGUGUCUUACACCGCUAAAGCUCAUCCGGCUUCUAAAUGCCCAUGUUCUCGUUUUUGUUCCGAGUUUCUACUUCUUGUAAACGCAUUUUGGACUCAUCCAAAAAGAUGAUGAGUUUUACAUGCGGGAAUUUUCUUAUGUAUGAAACAUUGUUAGCUGUAAUAAAUGUUCCGAUGUAACCUCGUACAGGGAAAGAAUGUAUUUGCUCUGUGUAAAUGUUUAGUUAAACCUUGAAUUCUAUUGCACAAAUAUUGUCAAAAACCUGUUUUGUAUGUUAGUGACAUUGCAUAUGAACCAAAA